AUGAAAGGUGGAAUUUUAGAAGUUUUUCUUGAGGGUGCAAAAGGCAUUAGACGCACCAAUCUCAUUGGUAAACCAAAGUACUAUGUGAUCAUAGAAUGUGGAAUUCAACAUCAGAAAAGCAAAUCAGCGAAGGGGGAGCAUCAAAAUCACAAAGUAACUUGGAAUGAGAAGUUCAUAUUUGAAUUGUCAAUGUCUGAAUGCCACAAGUUGACACAUCUGAGGUUAAGAAUCAUGGAUAAAGAGUUAUUUGCAAAUGACACCGGAUUUGUUGGCGAAGCUUGGGUGUAUCUUGAAGACAUACUCAUGGAAGGAAAUGAGAAAGGACUCAUAGAAUUGACACCAAAACCAUACAACGUGGUCCUUGAUGAUGAAACUUACAAAGGAGAGAUCAGAAUUGGGCUUAAGUUUAUUCCAAAUACAUUCAUCAGAGCAGAAGGGAGGGGAGUCGUUACAUUGAAAACAGAUCACGAGGAGACGAUAUGGAAGAAGUUAGUGAAUUUCUGCAAAAUGACAUGGCGGAAACUUUCUUCUUACGGUAGGAAACUAAAUGCUAACGAUUAUAAGCGUAUUUAGAUCUACUUCCUUAAUUUGGAUAAUUUCUAUCUUCAUACAAUCGAGUAUUAGAGAUAAUGUCUUUUUGGAUAUGAUCCA